AUGCCAUCCUCCGCCACCUCUUCCCCGUCCUCGUCGUUCUCGACUAUCACGGACGUCAAGCCUCUGAAGAAAUUCACAAUACCUGAUCUUGUCUCGCACUGUACAUUCGACGUACGCAUCAAUCGCCACCGAAAGCAGGUCACUUCCGCCACCAAACAAUGGCUCUUCAAAGGAGACAACCUCCUAAUUGGCAAGAAACGCGACGCCUAUCAUGGCUUGAAAGCUGGUCUCCUAACAGCCAUGUGCUAUCCCGACGCUGGCCGCCCUCAAUUGCGCGUGUGUAACGACUAUCUCACCUUCCUCUUCCACCUGGACAACCUCUCGGACGACAUGGACAACGGGGGAACGAUCUCUACUGCCGACGUUGUCCUCAACUCACUAUACCAUCCGCACACAUACCAGUCUUCUCCUCGAGUCGGAAAAAUGACAAGAGACUUUUACAAGCGGAUGGUCCUGACGUGCUCGGCCGGUGUUCAACAGCGCUUCAUCGAGACUUUUGAUUUCUUUUUCCAAAGUGUAACUCAACAAGCUAUUGAUCGCGCCAACGGAUCAAUUCCUGAUCUGGAGUCUUACAUUGCCCUUCGGAGGGACACUUCAGGCUGCAAACCAUGUUGGGCUCUCAUUGAAUACGCGAACAACCUUGACAUCCCCGAUGAGGUUAUGGAGGAUCCCAUCAUUCGCAGUCUCGGCGAGGCUGCGAAUGAUCUUGUGACGUGGUCGAACGACAUCUUCUCCUACAAUGUCGAGCAAUCAAAGGGUGACACACACAACAUGAUCCCUGUCGUCAUGAACCAACAUGGCCUUGACCUGCAGUCCGCCGUGGAUUUCGUCGGCAAGAUGUGUAAGGACGCCAUCGACCGGUUCGUUGACGAUAGGACUCAGCUCCCAUCCUGGGGACCUAAAAUUGAUCGCGACAUUGCUGUCUAUGUUGACGGCCUGGCCAGCUGGAUUGUAGGCUCUCUGCACUGGUCUUUUGAGACCGAAAGAUACUUCGGGACCAAAGGCCGCCAGGUGAAGGCUACUCGUGUCGUUGACCUACUUCCUCGCAGUGCAUGA